UAUCAUAUUUGCCACCUCUUUCUCGAUCCCCAAAUUAAAUCGGAAAAUCGAUCUCCGAUUUUCUCCUAAUUUCUUCCUCUAAUAUAUAAAUCACGUAAAUAUCCGUUCAAUUCUCGUUCUUCCCUUUCGUUCGAUCGUUUUCUCUGCCCGGCCGUAGAUUUUACGUGUUUCUAGGGUUAGGGUUCUUCAAUCACUUCGAUUGAUCCCUUUUUAUCCUUCGAUUUCUCAUGGGUUUUCGUUUUAUUGUCUAUUCGUGUUGAUUAUCAAUUUUAUUUUGUCUAAUUUUGUUCGAUUUUUCUCGAUUCGUUUUCCUUUUAGGGUUUGUAUUUGUUUCGCAUGCUAGGGUUCGUUUCUACCUGAAAUUCUUAGAGGGUUUCGGUGUUUUAAUCUGUGGCGUGAUUUUUCGGGGUAGUUCUUUGUCUUGAUUUUGUUGUUUUCUCAGAGAACCGGAAUUUAGGGUUAGGUUUUUCUUGUAAUUUGAGAAUUUUCCAGACAGUCAAAUUAAUUAGGGAAACGCCUCUCUCUGUAGUGAUAUCAAUUUUAGUCCGAAAUUAAGUCAUCUCAAUUGAGGUUUCGUUCUAUUUCUAGCAGCCCAAGGUUUCCAAUUUAAGACAAUUUGGAGGUGUUAAAUGGGAGUUAAGCGGCCUUUUAAUGACGAGGAGCUGCAAGGCCAAGAACUUCCUUUCAAGAGUCCGAGACAGUUUGGCUAUAUUGACAAGCUGGCUCAGUUUGCUGAUACUAUUCCCCAUAGUAAUAGUCCUCAAAAACCUUGUAUUUCAGUAGAAGUUGAGGGUGGAUUUUGUAAACACCAUUGGUAUGAAGAAUUUAAGACUGAUGCUUUGGAUGAUGUUACUAAUUUGGUUGAUGUGGAUUCCGAGACUACUGCUCCCUUAUCUUUGGUUACUAGCAUUUCUAGCGAGGAAGAUACAGGCACCGGUGUAGUAGAUAUUUCACCCGUUUCAUCUGAAUAUUUUGACUCUGGUUUCCCUCGUCGAAUGUUUUCUCCUGUUGAGGAUGACUAUUAUUUCCUCUUGGAUCAGCCUCCUCGAAAACAAGUUCCGAUUGGGCCAGAUCAUCAAGCCAAUGUUCCAUCAUGGGGUUGGCAUGUAAAGAAUAAUAAGUUUGCUGAUGCUUCAGAAACUGCAGAUAAUUACAAUGAAGAUAUUAAGAUGGGAACAUGUAUCAUUCCAAUGCCUGGCUCGGAUUUGUCUGCAAACAGCGGUGGUAAUGUUUGUGCAGGCAGAGCUGAUUGUAGCUGCCUGGAUAGGGGAUCCUCAAGAUGUGUGCAACAUCAUGUUAAGGAGGCACGGAAACUAUUACGAGAAUCCCUUGGGCAUGAAAAAUUUGUGAAACUGGGGUUUUAUAACAUUGGAGAGGAUGUAGCAUUUAAAUGGACUGAAGAAGAUGAAGAGAUUUUUCAUGAGGUUGUUUACAGUAAUCCUGUAUCAUUGGGUAAGAAGUUUUGGAAGCAGUUGUCGUUGGUUUUCCCAUCACGAUCCAAUAGAGAGCUCGUCAGCUAUUAUUUCAAUGUCUUUAUCCUUCAGAGGCGAGCUAUUCAGAACAGAUCCAAUAGUCUGGACAUUGACAGUGAUGAUGACGAGUUUUAUGGAAAUCAACAGUCGUACAAAGUUCAAGCUAUAGAGGAAGAUGAAGACUCUGCUAUUGAAUCUCUUGCUGAUCAGGAAGAUCUGGCAAACUAUCGAGAUGACAAUGACGUGGAUGAUGAUGAUAGUGGCAAUUCUGGUGGUGAUAGUGGUGUUGGAUAUUAUGGCAGGGCCACGACAAGAGAGGAUUAUGGCAUAAAUCUUUCGUUAAAAGGACAUGUUUUGAAGCCAUUUGAUGAGAGCAGGUUCGGUCCUGUUUUUCAACAGGAGGACCAGGGUUUCGGAAUAAUGGAGGAUAUCAAUGUACAGGAUGACUCAUGUAUGUCUUUCGAGUUUCAGCCAGACAUGGUUGACUCUCAUAAUCAGAUUGGCACAAAGGUGAACUCGCAUGUUAGUGAACGAUCAAUGACUGAGCUUAGCAAGUCUUUGCAGCCGGGUAAACUAUAUGAGGCUAGUGAGCUGGUGAGCGAUAUGUAUUUGUUGGAUACAUGUGAUGCCAAAAUCUGGGACACUAGGUAUCCUACAUCUUCAACAAAAGGGUUCGAUCUCCAGCCGACAUGCAACAUAAUCGAAGAGAUUUUCGGACUAGACACUUGAGGUAAGAACAAAUGGUUUGUUCUUGAAAUGUCCAGAAUCUUCUCAUUAGUUAAAGGCCAAGGUUUUGGUCCUUCAACAAUCAUUUUUCCUUGUAAAUUCAUCUACCUAAUGUAUUUUGCUUCAGCAUGUCAACAAGUGCUGUUAAUGGAAUCUUUUCUUCUUCUGUAUAU